AAAAAUGAGGUUGGGGGAGGAGGAGGUGGUUGAGAGUGUUUGUGUGUGACACAGAGAGAGAGAUGAGAGCGCAGCAGAGAGAAGAGCUUGUGUGUUCGUUUCACCUCCUAAUCAGUUUUCCUCGCGGUCCUAUCAUCAGCUGCUGCAGAAGAGGCAGAGGCGAGGACCAAACAUAGCCAUCGUCCAUCUUCAACUCCACCAGAUGACAGACAUGGAGACCCCCCUCGCCACCCCAUGCAACAUCCAGAUAUGUGAGGUGACUUGUGAUUCCUUCCGCAUCGUGUGGGACAUGACCCCAGACGACACGGCCAGAGCCACGCACUACUUCAUUGACCUGAGCCGCAAGGGGAGCAGAGAUCCCAACCGCUUCAAACACAGGGACGUUCCAACCAAACUGGUGGCCAAGGCCGUGCCUCUUCCCAUGGCAGUGAGGGGGCACUGGUUCCUCAGCCCUCAGACCGAGUACUGUGUGGCCGUCCAGACGGCAGUUCGACGGCCCGACGGCGAAUACCUGGUGUCAGAGUGGAGCCCCGUGGUGGAGUUUUGCACGGGAGACUACGCCAUGGAGCACCUUCAACAGCUGCUUGACAAGGCAAAGGGAUCUGCCGGAAGGCUUCUGAAGUUCUCUGUGUUUUAUCGCAACCAGCAUCCGGAAUACUUUGACUUUGUCAGGUCAGUAACGGCUCCUGGAGUCACUCACGUCAGCUGUCGUUUCCCCAACAAAGCUUUUUCGUUUGAAACUAGGAAGGAAUGUGGUGGACUGAUGCGUCCCGCCCUGAAAGACAGCAGCGGGAGCCACGGUUCUCCCAUCAACGGCAAGCUGCACGGAGUCUUCUUCAGCUGCAACACGGAGUUCGACACAGGCCUCCCUCCCAAAGACUCUCCUUACGGCCCCCUACGAUUCCACAUCCCGGCGGGUUACCUCCUCAACCCAAAUAUAUCUUUAUAUUUUGCAGACUUUUACUGUAUGUACACUGCCUACCACUAUGUGGUGCUGGUUCUGGCACCGUUCGGUUCCGACGGCGACAACUUCUGCCGCACCCGUCUCCCGUCGCUGGACCUGGCCUCCAACCCCUUCCUCACUUACGCCGAACCCCAGAGGCCCGGGGAUGAGCCUCUCUUCUGUCACGCCAGUGACGUCAUACUGGAGGUGCUUUUCACGGACCCGGUCCAUUUGGACCAGGGCACGCUGCAGCAAAUCAGUGGCCACCAUCAGCUGAUGAGUUUGACCACAGCAAACGCCAAGAAAGACCCGAGUUGCAAGGUGUGCAACAUCAGCGUGGGCCGCUGAGGAGAGCGGCACUAUGGGACAGAUCCGGGAGUCCAAGUCACCGGAAUCCAGAACAGUGCAGGGCAAACAUUCCGCAACCAAUAUAUGAUCACUAAAAAAAAUUACAUUCCUAUCGGUGCUAGUUUUUAACAAUAAGCUAUUUGUAAUCCAGCUAUUUUUUAUUUUUGUUUGUGUUUAUGUUUGUGUGUAAUUGUCUUAUUUGGCAUGGAAUCACACUGAGGCCCCUCUUUUGAAAGGUUUAUUUAAAAAAGCAGCAGCAGUGUGGCCAUCAUCUUAAAAAAAACAACACUACGAAGCUUUCAUUUCUCACGGAGCCACUUCAAACCUCCUAAAAGAAAUCAAACAUAAUGAGAGCUGCCAACGGGAAGAGGCAGUGGGAGGAAUGAGAAAACACUGCAGCAGCAAGUGGUUGGUGGCGCAGGACUCACUGACUCACUGUCCUGAAAGCCCCCCCCCCCCGCUGCUUCCAAUUAUUAGAGUCCUCAUGCUUUGGCGUGCGAUAAAACUCGCAGACGAUGUGAAAAUUCUAAAUGGAAGAAAUCCCAGCCAAGUCGAACAGCCGGGGGUUGAAGACAGAUGCAAUAGUGCUAUGUUCUAAGAGCUCUAUUUUUGAAUGAAAGCUUUAUAUUGGACCACUAAAAGUGUUAGUAUUGUGUGGAGAGGGGACCGUGUCAGCUCUAUAAACAGCUAAGCUUAGCGUCGUAGUCAGUGCGACCUCUGGCAUAUUCAGGAAUUCCUGACACGUCCAGAGGGAGAGGGAUCCCUCCUAUGACGCACAGCGACGCACAACAUGGGCGUGACAAAUCAGAUGAAAUACAACCCAAUUUUGCAUAAAAAAUGUUUCGA